GCGACUUUAGAGCACUAAGUGAUUUGCUCCGUUUAGUACGAGUAUCUAACAGUAUGCGCGCUCACAUGCUCCCUGGUGAGGCGCACUACAUGUACAACACACAAACACACAUGUGUAUGCGCACAGAUUGCUGUUAGAUACUUUUUUUCCCUAAUUUGGCUCAACAACAGCAACAACAACAACAACAAGGAAUAAUGAACAAUGAGCUGGUUGACAGCCUCGACGACAACGAUAGCCACACAACGAAGUCAGUCUAAUAAUGUAACUCAAGUCGUGGUGUACGCUCGAGCUGUGCUUGCGAACAUUUGCAAAGUUUGUGUGUGUGUGUGUGAAUACAAACAACAAGAACAACAUAAAAGCAGCAAAUUUUUACUUUUUUCGGGGGAAUACGGAAAUGAACAAAAGAACAAAGUAUAUUGCAUAGAAUGCGUCGUACAAAACAACAACAACCGCACAACAACAUAAAGCCAAAAUAAUCGAUAAAACAGACAAAGUGUGAAAGCCGCUAAAAAAAAAGAUACAUUUGCGACGGGACGGUGCGGUGCGGUUUGCAAAAUAAAAUACAUAUAUACAAAAUAACAACAAAAAUGAAAUAAAAAUCUCGUGCUAAACAAAAAAGCAAAAAAAAAAUGCAAAAUUGCAUACAAAAGCAGUAGCAACAAACACAUAGCAGACACACACACAUCCAUAAAUCGUCGCUCAUGCAGACGCGUACCGUUAAAAGGAAAGGAAAAGUGCUCGUCGUUUCCUCUGAAAAUUGUUUAUGCACACGCAAACAAACACAUACAUACAUACAUCUAUGUAUAAUUGCAUGUAUAUGUAUGCGACGUAAGGGCCUAUGUUGCGUGUAGUUAUGUGGACUGCUGCUCGGUAAAGUCGAAAAUUUUCGAAAAAUCUCUGCGGUAUGUCUGUUGCUAUUAAAACAAAAAGUAACUGCGUGUGAUAAGCUAAAAAAGAGUUCAUAUGUUAUAUGCGAGCAUUGAAAUGUAUUGUAGUUGCACCAAAGUGACCUUUCACAGUUGGACACAACGAAGCGAAAUCAGACACACACCCCCAAACGGAGCAGCGGUUACAGGAGCUAUAACAGCAAAGGCAGCGGUGGCAAUUGUGGCAGCGGCAUAGCUAACAAAAGUAGCAACAACAAUAUCAGUAAAUACAACAACAACAAUAAGAAGAACAACAACAAUAUCAGCAAAUACAACAACAACAUUAGCAAGUAUAACGGCGGCGUCGUCGUCGCAUUUUGUAUCCUGUAAAGGCGCUGCUCACAAAAAUAUGAAAAAAUCGAUGCCAGACUCCGAUACUUCAGCAAAUCCAAGUCAAAAUAGCAACAGCAAUAGCAACAGCGGUGGAAGCGUUAGCAGCAGUGUUAAGACGGCAGUAAAAUCUACACAACAACAACAGCAAUCAUAAUAACAGCGCUGUCAAUUGCAUUGCAGCAUUGAAUUCUUCAUUCAUUCAUCAUUCAACGCACAGCAACUUUUGCUAUAUAUUUUCCCUGAUUUCAUUUGCGGUGCUGCGGAAAAAUUUCUGUUUCGCUGGGCAUAAAAGGAAAAGCCAGAAAUUUGUUGUUACAUGCAUACGAGAUACAUACAUACAUACAUACAAAUGUAGUUGUUGAUUUUCCGGAAUUUUAUAAAUUAUUAUACUACGCUUAUAAUAAAAUAAAAUAAAGUAAGAAUAAUAAACAAAUAAACACAAAAAUAAUGGCCACUUCCUCGGAUUUAUUGCAUACAAAUGAAGCGAAUGAAUCGAAUAACGGUUCAGAUGAAUCGAUUAGCAAUUGUGCAAAUUCCAGUAUUGUAGCGGAAACGCAAGUCGAUGAAGAAUCAAUACACGCCACUAAUGCAGAUUCCGAAGCAGCAACGUCACCUGGUCACGUCCACGAAAACGAAGACGUUGACACCAAAGCGGAUUUUGGUGCAACACCGUGUCACGAAAAGACGCAGCAGGCCAAGACGGUGGCGGUGGACGAGCAACAGUCACAGCAGCAGCAACAGCAGCAGCUCGAGCCAGUGGAUUCAUCAACACCUGCUGUUUCACCCUCCACACACACAGCACAGCGUCCGGAGGCGCAAGGCAAUUUUUCACCAGACGAAAUACCCGAACCUAUUAAGGUGCUAGAUGAUAUAAUCUCGGAAUUCGAAGAUACAUCAAAGCCAGCGAAUGCAGGUGGUAAUGGUGAAAAUCAAUCUGAGGAUGAUGGUUACAUGAGCCUUAGUCGCAAGAACAUGCAUAAGCAAGAUUUCGAGAACAUCUCCCAGAGCAGUAUUGGCAGUAAUGUACCACCAAUUAUCACACCAACUAAAGAGUUUCACGAAUUUAACAACACUACAGAUGUUACCUGCCAAAGUCUGGAAACACCUGCCGAACAAAGUAUUAUACAAUCCACAUUGCCAAAAGCGCGUCCGGCUUCUGCUUUGACGAGCAACAACUAUUCCAGUCUGCCAUGUUGCGGUGCGCGCUCCACAUCGUUGGAUGGUAAAACUACGCGUGGUGUUAGCUGUAACGGUGAACGUAAUAAGCUCGGUAUUGAUAUCAGUGCGGUACAUAAUGCGGUACUACGUGGUGGAUUGGCGAAACUGCCAGAGCCAAUCUUAAAUGAACAUCCCGUAACAAUAUACCCCGGUCGUUAUUCACCACCUACCGAGAAUAAACGCGUCUCCAAUCGUCCACAACGCAUACUAUCCUCCGUUGAGAAACACAAAGAAGUUUGCCAUAUACUUAAUCCUUUGUCUUCGAUAUCCUCUUCAUCGUCGUCGUCUAGUUCGAAUUGUAUUGGUCUGAUGGAAAAUAAACCAUUGGAUCUAUCUAAUAAUAUUAUGAAAAAGCCAUAUAUACGUAAGGAUAACAUUGCAAAUGAAUUUAGGUUAGUAAGUGAAGAUGAUUUCUCGGACGAUUCGAUUGAAGAGCAAUCAUUAUCGCCAAUUACAUCGCACUCCUCACCACACAAACAAACCGGUAUUGCGUGGGAAAUACAUUUUAAGAGUAACAAAAAGAAGUCGAAAAGUUCGGCGAAGAAGAAACCGACACGAAAGCAUACUGCCGAUUGUGUUGCCAAAACGGAGAAUGGUGUUUAUCCCUUACCAAUUGUGGCUAGUGACGUUUAUUACACGAAAGAAAACAAUCGCGCUUAUCGCCGCGAACCGAUUGUUAUAGACGCCUUGGAUGGGUCAGAACAAUGCACAGCAACCGCUGGAGAUAUUUUAAAUCACUGCAUGUAUCGCCAUCCCAAUACGAGUAUGUUGGGUAAAGGUACAUUUAUCAUACGACGACCCACGAAUAAACCACCAACAGCUAUGGAUAUAUUCCAAACGGAUACUGAAGCGUUAGAUGCACGAGACCAAAGCGACUAUGAAGAGUUCUCGUCAAUGGAAGGUCACGAGAACUGUAGGCCGAGUGAGACAUUAGGCGCGAAUGUAAGGCAUAGCGGAGAAUUAAUAGCGCCACCAGGACCAACCUUGCCAUCACCGCGUGAUCGUCUCUCUUUAAAUCUCGAACCACAAUUACCAAAUAUUUUUACCAAAGAAAUGCUGGCUGUGCAUAAAGGCGAUCGCUCAUCGUCUGAAGAACUCCUUGCUCCCGUUAAGAAGACAUCACUCAACAGAGAGCCAAAGAGACGUAGCACCGAUUCGAUCAACACAAAGUCUUCGAGCUAUGAAGAAGCUGAGGAAAAUGGGCCAAACGAAGUUGUUAACUUAUUUUCGAGCAAGAAUAGUUUUGAUCCGUGCAAUAUGUACGGAUACAAGAAUGAUACAGCAGUCUGUUUAAAAGGACAAGAGUUUUCGGAUCUACGCUCUUCAACAACAACGACUCCACGCACAGAUCUCGCACCGACACUUGAAGAGGAAGAGGAGCAAUACAGUGACUUCAGCUACAGUGGAGCGCCAAGUAAAGAUAUUGACAAGGCCGAUAGCAAUAUAAUAGCCGCGGUACGCAUUGUUGAAGGUGGUGCACAUCAUAAACGUCCACUCGAAUUUCGUCCCGGUGUGCAUAAGUCUGAGAGUGCCAAGGAGAUGUUAUUAUCUCAAAGCGCAUUUGGUCCAUUGCCGCCAUCGCCACCAUCAUCAAAUCCCGAUUUAUUCGACUAUGAUGCUCUGCCACUGCCACCAUCUCCAAAAGAUCCGAUCCUAGCAACGAACGAGAGCAAUCGUAGUCUUGGUAAAGGUUUUAUGAAAACGACAACUGCCGAAAUUCACACACCCUCCUCGUUGGGUGGCGAGGAACGACGAAAUCGUGACAAUAUGAGCGCUUUGCGUUAUCUCAGCAACGAAUUGCCACCUUUACCACCGCCUGCUUUUGAAAAUAUGGCACCGGUUGUGCCGCCACAUCGUGGUCAUUCGGCAAAUACGAUGAAAUCUUGGUCCAUCGAUUCCCAUUACAAGAAGAAAUCACCGAAAAUGUUAGGUUAUGGUAGUGGUAUUACUACACCAACGGGUUCGCAAUACGAUGGUUCGUACUCAACGAAGCGUUACGUUUCCUAUGGCACAAAACGUAGUUUGAAACAGUCACCACGUGAAGAAUUGCGUUUGCAAACUUCAUGUAGUUUGCCGGAGACACCGAUUUUCGCACGAGGAAGCUGUGACAUACCGCGUACACCCUUCCGACGUCAACCCGAAAGUGCCAUAAGUGGUUCGCGUACAGCGCCUCGUUCUAGCACAUCACACAGUAUUAAUAUGGGUAACACGAUGGGUGGAAUACCAGGUGGUGGCAACACCUUUGGCGCUGGCAUGUGCCGCCAACGUUCCAUGAAUCAUGCACUUGCCUCGAAUGAGAUGCUGCGCUUAGCUGGCGCACCGGCACGCGGCUGGUAUCCCAAACAACGUACUAUGCGUCCAGCUUCUACAGAGAAUAUUGAUCGUCUCAGUUCGUCGCGUGUUUGGGAUAGUGCAGCUGGUAUGUCUGGCACGGGUCAGUCGAGAAAACCAUUGACUUUACCGCCAAAUUUGACGCCAUCGUUUCUCAAUAAAUCACCAAGAGAAGCUCUGCGUCGUGUAACAAGUCUUUUGAUUGCGAAGAAAAAAAACACUAAAGAGCGCAAGGGCAAGCCAUAUUCGGAUACCACACUUGAUGGACAUCUACCAUUUGAACAAGAAACUGCACUCCCACCCACGCCCAAGGAGCAGGCGCGCAAUUGUAACAAUACGUCACAGAAGCCUCAGAAGAAAAAAGGCCUUUUUAAAAGCUUAUGGAAAAAAACCAAACACUUUUCAUUAGAUCAAUAAGUAACAAACAACAACAAUAACAGCAAAUAUGCAAUUCAUUAAAUAUUAUACAAUUAGCACACAAAAACCUACAUACCUACCCAUCCAUCCAGCGAAACUGAGGAAAAACUUAGACUACCACAAACACACACAUACCCACCCACACACAUAUACAUACAUACAUACACAACUAACCGUGUUGCACAACCGAUUGACAACUAUUUAUUAUCGUUAUAUACUCACAGUAAGCGUAAGUUAUAGGCCGUUGAUAUAUUGAUAUCAUACAUAAUAUACAUACAAACAUACAUACAUACAUACAUAAGAGUAUUGAACACAGCAGCCAGACAAAUUUUUACAUAAAAUAUACAAUACAUAAAUAUUAUUACCGACAA